AUGAGGUUCGUCGACUUCGCCAUCGACCUCGCAGCGGUGCUCAAUGCCUCCCGGGGCGUCGCCGCAAAGCAUGUCGCCCUCCGGGGUCGGCAGCUCGAGAAUUAUAGCCGGACGUCGAGUGUUGCUGCGGCGCUAAGGAAUAGAGCUGCGCAGAGGGGAGCUUAUGAGAGGACGGCUGCUGCGGAGGAGAGCGAUGAGGUCGUUUACGAGCAGGCUGCGCCGGCUGAGCAAGCUACGGAACCGACAGUCGAGACGCCGAAGGAUCGAGUACAGACACAAGAGGUUAAGGCGGAGGCUACAAGGACGGAAAAGACACCGUUUGAUGCUGGUAUUCCCAGUCUCAGGCCGAAUCCGCUGCAACAAGCUGCUCCCAAGUCAACAGAGGAGGAACUCGAUCUACCACCAGGAAUCGACGUCAAUAUCUUUCACACCACAAGAGGGUCCAUGAUAUUGGAUCAAUUGAAGAAAAAAGGCAGACCGGGAGCUCCCCCGCCGCGGCCUGGAGCUGGAGGCCCUGCGAAGGAGCAUCCUCUACGCAAUUGGCCCCUACCACCUCCAGUACAACCUGAGCAGAGCUUCAAGCCAGCUCCUGAGAAGCCUCGAGAGGCUGAGGUCAAGGUUGAGGAGACACCGAUCCAACCGGUAACUAAGCCUGUAGAGGAAUUGGCUACUCCUGCGGAGGAACCGGUCACGCCUCAGCCAGAGGAGACUCCCAAGGCAUCAAUUCCUGCGGAGGAAGUGGCUGCACCUCAGCCAGAGGCUCCCUCAAAACCUGAGCCCGAGAAGGUUGACGAGAAGAUUGAUGAGGAGGUUGUCCAAGCUGCAAAGGAGAUGGUCGGCGAACCUGUACCACCCCAGACUCCAGCAUAUUCUCUCAGAGAGUCCAAGGUCCCAUCCUCCCGCAUCAGCCGAAUCUGGAACUAUGGCGGUCUCGCAGCAGGCAUGCUUGGAGGGGCCAUGACCGAGGGCGUCAGCCGAGCCUUUGGCGGCGGAGGUGAAGGAUCUAUCCUGCUCAGCGGCAAGAACAUGGAGCGUCUCGUCGCAAAGCUCUCGCGCAUGCGUGGUGCCGCUUUGAAGCUCGGUCAGAUGAUGAGCUUCCAGGACACCAAGAUGCUCCCGGCUCCUAUCCAGGAGGUGCUGCAGCGUGUUCAGGACCGCGCUGACUACAUGCCUGCCUGGCAGCGUGACCGUGUCCUCGCUGCCAACCUUGGUGCUGAGUGGCGAGACCUGUUUAGCGAGUUUGAGGAGAAGCCCAUUGCUGCGGCGUCUAUCGGUCAGGUGCACAAGGCGGUCCUCAAGAACGGCAACCGAGUCGCCGUCAAGAUCCAGUUCCCUGGUGUUGCUGACUCUAUCAACUCGGAUCUGGACAACCUGAGCAUCCUUCUCACGGCCACCAAGCUCCUGCCCAAGGGCCUGUAUCUCAACAAGACCAUCGACAACGCUCGGCUUGAGCUUGGUUGGGAGUGCGACUAUGAGCGCGAGGCCAAGUGCGCCCAACGCUACCAAGAGCUCCUCAGCUCUGAGCAAGAUGUGUUCCUUGUACCUUCAGUCUACCCCGAGGCUUCGGGCAAGCAGGUGCUCACCAUGGACUUUAUGGACGGCAUCGGUGUGACACGCAUCACGUCGUUUACACAGGAGCAGCGAGACUGGAUCGGAACCCAGAUUCUUCGCCUGUGCCUCCGCGAGAUCACAGAGUUCCGUUUCAUGCAGACGGACCCCAACUGGACAAACUUUCUCUACAAUGCUGACCUCGAGAAGCUUGAGCUACUCGACUUUGGCGCCUCGCGCGAGUACCCUGAGGAGUUUGUGACUCAGUACGUCCAACUCCUCGCCGCUGCGUCGCGCUCUGACAAGGCGGCCGUCAAGGACCUGUCGGAGAAGCUGGGCUACCUGACGGGCCUCGAGAGCCGGACAAUGGUGGAAGCACACACAAAGUCUGUUCUUACCCUGGCAGAGCCAUUCCUGGCCAGUGCUCCCGAGGUGUACGACUUCAAGGACCAGACCAUCACGGAGCGCGUCAAGGCCCUCAUCCCCGUCAUGCUUCAUGAGCGACUAGCACCCCCGCCAGAGGAGACUUACAGUCUGCACCGCAAGCUGAGCGGCGCGUUUCUACUCUGCGCAAGACUGGGCAGCAAGGUGCGGUGCAGGGAGAUGUUUGAGGAGGCCCUCGCCAAGGGGGGUUACCUCGAUGCUUGA